ACGCUGUACUGUAUACACAACCAACCACCAUCAACAACAGUAACUUAUGCAGCUAUUGCUCUCUCUUCGUCUUCUUCUUCUUCCCAUUUUCUUCUUUGCAAUCCUCAAUCACUUUUAUCUCUAUCCAAAUGCAGCUACCUCUCUUUCAAUUCUCCGUCUUUGCUCCCAUUUCUCUAUGAAGUUCUCUCGGCUACUCCGACGACUUCUCCUGUCGAGCUGGUGUUUUCUGCAAUAGAAGUCAGGUUAAGUAGCAUUGUUUACAAAAGGAGAUGACUUUGGGAGGUUGGAGUCAGAGAUUUAUCCAAGCAGCAACUUCUUCUGAAUCUGAGGAUUCUGCUUUGGAUUUGGAAAGAAAUCAUCAUCACUGCAAUCACUUGAGUCUUCCAUCAUCAUCUUCAAGUCCAUCUCCUCUUCAGCCAUUUACACUCAACAUCCAGCACGCUGAGAGUAAUGCUCCUUACUUCUCCUGGCCUACUCUUAGCCGGCUUAACGAUGCUGUUGAAGACCGAGCUAACUACUUUGGAAAUCUCCAGAAAGGGGUUUUACCUGAAGUUGUUGGCAGGUUGCCUUCAGGACAACAAGCCACCACCUUGCUUGAGCUCAUGACCAUUAGAGCGUUUCAUAGUAAAAUCCUGCGCCGCUUCAGCCUUGGUACUGCAGUUGGGUUUCGGAUUAGCCGUGGUGUUCUAACCAAUAUUCCAGCAAUACUUGUCUUUGUUGCUAGGAAAGUCCAUAGGCAAUGGCUAAGUCCAAUGCAGUGUCUUCCUUCUGCCCUCGAGGGUCCUGGAGGGGUAUGGUGCGAUGUAGAUGUUGUGGAAUUCCAAUAUUAUGGUGCUCCUGCUGCAACACCUAAAGAACAGGUUUAUAAUGAACUUGUAGAUGGUUUGAGAGGAAGUGAUCCCUGCAUUGGCUCGGGUUCUCAGGUUGCAAGCCAAGAAACAUAUGGAACCUUGGGAGCUAUAGUGAAAAGCAGAACAGGUAACCAUCAGGUUGGUUUCCUUACUAAUCGGCAUGUCGCUGUUGAUUUGGAUUAUCCAAGCCAGAAAAUGUUUCAUCCUUUACCUCCAAGCCUUGGACCGGGUGUCUACCUCGGUGCAGUUGAGAGAGCAACAUCGUUUAUCACAGAUGAUCAGUGGUACGGCAUAUUUGCUGGCACAAAUCCAGAAACAUUUGUAAGAGCGGACGGUGCCUUUAUUCCUUUUGCAGAAGAUUUCAACACGAGCAAUGUAACUACGGUGAUAAAAGGCAUUGGUGAGAUAGGAAAUGUGCACGUUAUAGAUUUGCAAUCCCCAAUUGAUAGCCUUAUUGGGAAACAAGUUGUCAAAGUUGGAAGAAGCUCUGGAUAUACUACCGGAACCAUAAUGGCUUAUGCUUUGGAAUACAACGACGAGAAAGGGAUCUGUUUUCUCACGGACUUUCUGGUCAUAGGCGAAAACCAGCAAACUUUUGACCUUGAAGGUGACAGCGGAAGCCUUAUAUGGACAAGUGGAGUGGAUCUUGGUCGCCUUUUGGAUCUCUUGGAGCUUGAUCUCAUCACAUCGAACCAUGAGCUUGAAGCAGCCGCCCGAGAACAGAGGAACACUUCGGUUACAGCCCUUGAUUCAACUGUUAGCCAGUCAUCCCCGCCCGACCCUGUUCCAUCAGGAGACAAACAAGAUGAGAGCUUUGAGCCAUUUAUUCCACCUGAGUUUCAUAUAGAAGAAGCUAUCAAGCUAGCACCUGAAAUAGAGGAACUUUUGUUCAUUGCUCCUAUAUCGGAUAACGAGUCCACGUCUGCCGUUAAAAGGCAAGAGAAACCCAAAUUAGACGACCUCGUCGAUUUAAAGAACAGUUCAGAAGAAGAGGUUAACGUAUCGUUGCAUCUAGGUGAGCCCAAACUAAAGAAACCAAAGUUUACUUAGCUAAAGCCGGUUUAGUUUGGUUUGAUGGCGACUUGAGUAAAUCCCAAAAAUUUUAUGUCGUAAUUGUGCAUAGUAUUAUUAUUCUUUGCGGACGAAAGAUGUACCGGGACCAAGUUAUGUAGUAAAAUUGUAUAAGCUUAAAUUUUAUGAAAUUUAAAGAAAGGUAUUAAUAAUCA